UUUACCUCGAUCAGUUCUCUUUGUCAGUCCAUAAUCUCCCUAAUUUAAUCGAAAAAGAUAAUUUAAAUUUCAGUCAAAAACACGGAAAAAAAGAAUUGGUUAGAAGGACUCUAGCAGAAGAUUAUCCAGGACUUGAUUAUUUGGGUAUACAUAGUGUUUUAAAUGCUAGAUAUUCUUGGUAUAGAAUAUUGUGGUUUAGUAUUUUAAGUAAUUGUACACGAAUAUGUUCAAGUUCCAUCUGCAACACUUAUAAAUGUUAAAUCGGUGGAUAAAUUAUUAUUGCCUCAACUAACCGUUUGUCCAACAAAUGCAGCCAACAUUGAUUUGGAAAAAUUGGAAAAAAAUCUUUUUGUAGCUAAUAAAAAUCAAAUUAAAGAAUAUUCAAAAGAGGAUGUAUUUAAUUUCGCUUUUUACAUGAUUGCCGGUUCCGGAUUUCAGGUAGUAUUUUUAAAAUUAAUUUUUGAGAAAAAAAUUGAAAGAAAAAAAGGAAAAGUUUUGAUUUUUUAAAUAAAAGUUUGGAAUUUUCUUUAAAAAAACUCUCUCUUCUGUGGAUAUACUAGAAAAUGAACGUGAGUUGGUUGGAUAAACAAGCAAGGGAACGAAUGAACAAUUUUUAUUUGAUAUUUCGAGGAAAUAAAACAAUUGAAGAAUUCUUUCAUUAUUUUUUUGAUAAUUUUGGACUUCAAUGUAAACAAUUCCUUCAACAUUGUCAAUUGGGAGAUACAAAAUUAGAUUGUUGUAAAGUAUUCGAACCAAUAUAUUUAAUUCGAAGAGGUCGUUGUUUCCGAACUAUUUCACUUUAUCAAAAGAAUUUUGACGAAUUAGGGAAAUUAAGAAUUCAAUUAAUGUAUCCACCAGAAAUGGAUAAAAAUUUAAAUAAAAUAAAGGAAAUAAUUGCUUUUGUUGCUGAACAUAAACCUCAAAUAGCUCCUUUUCCUCGUUAUUAUUUGUACCCGAAUGUUUGGACAAAAAUGCGUUUAUCUGCCCGUCGAAUUAGACUUUUUCCAGCAGCUGAAGUUUGUAGUGAUGAAUACUUAAAUGUUGGUAAGGAUAUUUGUUACAUUGAGCGUUGGAUACAAACAUAUUUGGAAGGCCCAUUAAAUUGUACAUAUCCUUAUAUGAAUGAAAUUAGACCAACAAAACUUUCAAGGCUUUAA